AUGUUUCAUAUAAUUCGAUUAUUACAUAUUAGUGGUCCGCUAUCGGUAAUGAGAAUCGUUUAUGCGGAACAAAAUGAAUUUGGUACUUCUUUUACAUUACGUGAAAAUGUAUUCGUUACGCAAACUGCGAUAUGGAGAACAUAUAUUUGGAUAAUGGAGAUUAUAGUACGAAUUUGUCCGUCGAUCGUAUUCAUUGUAUUAAAUAGUCUGGUCAUUAAGAGGUUUCUACAGUUGAAUGUGCAAAACCGACAAUUCCAUGCCGUUUCGAAUAAAUUUCGGACCAAUAAAACGCCCGACACGUCAUUAUUAUCUCGCAAUCGAGGAUACAAAGAGGAGCAACACUUGGCGAUAUUAACAACAACAAUGAUUCUAUGCUUCUUUUUUACGGCAGUUCUACCGAGUCUUACGCCUAUACUAUAUACCGAUCGUCAUCCGUUGGACCUUCGUUAUCAAAAGUUCCGCGUGUAUUCAACGAUUGUCGAGCUCAGCAAUUAUGCCAUUUACAUCCUCAUAUAUCUCGCCUGCAGUACAGAAUUUCGAAGAGAAUUGCUGAGAUUUUUACAAGGAAAGUGUAACGAAAACGUAGGGCAAGACGUUGAUCAGCCGAUAGGCGAAAUCGAGGAUUAUAGUCGGCAUGGCACUACUAUUCGAUUGACACCGGAGCGUACGAAAUUGAAUUCCCCCGAGUCGCCGGCCAAAGAAAUUAGAAUGGAGGAAGACGCGCAUCCGUCGGAAGCUACUAUUAUGUUAGAACACCGUGUUGUCGCAUAAUUAUAUGUUGCGCGCUGGUAUCAAAGACA